UUUUGAACGGAAGUGCUUGUCGGUGCUGGUUGGUGGUGCGUAUUUUUAGUAACGACAAAAGGAAAGGAAGAAAAAAAAAACAACAACAAACAAACGCUAUCAGCAUUUAUCUUGUACUGCACGAUAAGGCGAGUAGUAAUCUAGUGAUUUGCGUUUUCGGUAAUUAGUGAGUGGUGUGUGUGUGUGGCAGUGAGUGGGUGAAUGUGAAAUUCAAUUGCAUCUCGUGCUGCGUGUACAUUUGCAUACCAUCGAUUUGAGAUUCACGGGAAGCGAGUGAUUGUUAAACAAACUGCUUCUAAGGGUGGUAUUGUGGUUUAAGUGAAAUUAAUAGAAGAAAAAAAUCACUAUCUGGAUGGUCUUAGAACAUGUGUGUAAAACUUAAUUCAGAUUAACAAAAAAAGAGAAAAGGAGCAUAUAGUCUUUAAGCAUCCCUAUUUGUGUGGCAAAUAUUCUGGAAAAUCUCAACGCACCAAGUGUUUGAAAUUAAGUGCAAUAUUGUAAUGCCUUCGUGCAAGCAAAACAAGUGAUCGCAAGAGAGCAAUUAAAAAACCCAGAUACACAACUUAAAUUAGCACUGAAAGGAGUAGAGCCAUUGAUUGUGGGUUACCGUGUGCUAAUCGUCUGCCAAUGAAUACACAGUAAAGUACGUAAUUUAGCCAGCCUUGAGGAAAGUGGAGCUGUCCUUCGGCAGAUAGUACCCGUGAUUGCCUGUCUGUGUGUGACUGCGUGUCAACAAGAUCUAAGACGUAGUAGCAGCGACGAGUGGCACCAUUCCGGCCAGGAUCAUGUUUCACACGUCUGCCGCAUACUCCGACAUGACGGCAGCUGUGGUCGCAACCGGCAACACGGGCUCCUACCAUCAGUCCGCGGCGGCAGCGGCAGCCGCGGCCGCCAACGCACCCGUCUACGUGCCCUCGAGCCGUGCCCUGCCCCAUUCCCAGUACGGUGCCCAUUCGGCCAACUUUUCCGCACAAAAUGGCUGGCCGACGGAUGGAUUCGGCACGACGCAUACGCAGCUUCCACCGCAGUUUUACGCGCAGAACGUGAUGAUGGGUUCCUGGCGCGCCUACGAUCCGACCGGCUUUCAGCGCACCUCGCCAUAUGACAGCGCAAUGGAUUUCCAAUUCGGCGAGGGAAGAGAAUGUGUGAAUUGUGGGGCCAUUUCAACACCGCUCUGGCGUCGGGACGGCACCGGCCACUAUCUCUGCAAUGCAUGCGGGCUGUAUCACAAGAUGAACGGUAUGAACCGUCCGUUGAUAAAGCCCAGCAAGAGACUGGUGAGUCAGACGGCCACGCGACGGCUAGGGCUGUGCUGUACGAACUGUGGCACGCGCACGACCACACUCUGGCGACGCAACAACGACGGCGAACCGGUGUGUAACGCUUGCGGGCUGUACUUCAAGCUGCACGGCGUCAACCGACCACUGGCAAUGCGCAAGGAUGGCAUACAGACGCGCAAGCGCAAGCCAAAGAAAACGGGGGGUUCCGGUGGGUCGGCGGACGUGAUGGCACUGGUCGGUGGCAAAAAGGACGAUGGUGGAAUUGGUGAUGGCCUGCUACAAACUGACCGGAACGGCAACUCGAAGAAUCUCACCGGCAGUCCCAAAUCGCAGAACCUUUCGUCACCCGCAAUCCGCUCGCUGCACAUCUCGCCCCACCAUGGACAGUCGUACGGGCUGGGCUCGUCGCUCGGAUCGGCCCAUCACGGAGGCAGCGCCGGUACGCUCGGCUCGCUGGUCGGCAAGUACGAUCUGUCGGCCCUGUCGCCGCCCGGAUCGCUCGGCGGCGUGCCGGGCAGUAUCGUGUCCUCGUCCGCUCAUCAGCAGCACACUACCGCUGGCUUGAAUUCGUCCCACAUCUACACGACGCCGAGCUCGAACUCGCUGUCGACACAGCACAGCCAUUCGCCGGUUAAUGGGUACGGUAACAAUCAUCCCACGGGUGGAUCCAACCUACCGGGCAACAAUAAUGGUGGGGCUGGUGGCGGUGGUUCUAAUACACCAUCGAACCUUGGCGCGCUCGGAAACACCCAGAACAAUGCGGGCGGCAACCAAACUCCCUUCGGGCAGAUCAAAUCGGAAUCGAACCCGCUCGGCGGUGCGUCCACCACACCGACCUCCGUGCCGUCCAGCAACGGAUACGGUGACUACAUGAACAACUGCCUCCAGAGCGGGUACUUUAGCGGUGGGUUCAGUUCGCUGCACUCCCACCACAGCCCGCACCAUGUCUCGCCCGGGAUGGGCAGCACGGUGAAUGGGGCGUCCCUAACCCAUUCCCAUCAUGCCCAUCCGCACCAUCAUCACCAUCACCAUCAUCAUCAUCCGACGGCGGCCGAUUUGGCCGGGUAUCACCAUCAGCAUAACGUUAUACAGGCGGCCAAGCUGAUGGCAUCCUCGUAAGGUAGCGUCGUUCCCGGAGCUAGAGUAUGAGUACUGACACGUUUGUGCAAGAAAUUCCAUUCGAAGUUCCUCGCUUGUUGCUUGCUUGCCACAAUCGCGUGCUAGGAUAAGGAGUUUGGUUUGAAGACGAGCCGAUACAGUGUUUAUCCCAUUUGCACUGUAAAGUUGACAGAUAAGGUAGUAGAGUCCCCUCUUUAAGCUGUAAAGUAGUAGAUCGAGAAGAAUGUACCGUACUUACACCGAGGCACGGUUCUGAGCUGUGCAAAACAAGGCAAAAGUAUCUAUGCAAGUAUUUUAAUCGUGUUACUGUAAGACGAAGCAGAACAGAGGAAACCAGUGCCUCAUCUAACUGUUAGAAAUACACGAAAUGCAAUUUUUAUACAAGACGAUAAGUAAAGGAUAAUUUUGUAAAUAUAUAUGAUCUUCUCUUCCCGCACACUACCCGGAAGAGGUGUUACGUUUAAGGUACGAAAGUUUAAGCUACGAAUGUGCAUUCAUUUUACAUAUUGGCCGCGUUUGGUGUGAGAAGAACUGUUCACAUUUGCAUUCCUUGAAAUGAGCACUACUGCAAGCGAGUAUCGUUACACUUAGGUAAGACGCCUGCCCUAGGAGCGCAGAGCAGCAGUAGCAUGCGCUCGGCGUGGUGCAUUUGUUUUGGCGCAGCAAUAAGAAGAUAGUGUGGUUUUUAGUGGACUUUAGCGUGUAAGCACUUAGCGGUAGGAAGCGUAACCGGUAGCAACAUAUUUAAUAUAUGCCGCUAGGGCAACGAGAACUGUAUUACGAUGCGUAACGUACGGUAUUAGUGGUAAUUUGCAUUGCAGUAAAAACAAAAGUAUUGGAAAAUAAAGCACUAUUUGAGGCAGAUGGACUGU